CCAAACAAAAUGCUCUGUUCUUGCUCUUAAGAUUCAACUCUCUAAAAUUCUUUUUUCAUGUUUCUCUUUAAGUUUUGCAUCAGUUGCUGCUGACCCCAUUUUAUUAAAUCUAUGAAAGAUUCAAUCUUUAACACAAUGGAUCAUAUUCAACCAACUUUUCUUGCAAUUCUUUGUAUGUUCACCAUUUUUCAAACAAUCCCUCUUUGUUCAUCAGCUCCACUAAACUGUACGGACACUGGUCGUUUGUGCACUUCUUUCUUGGCUUUUAAGCCCGGCCCAGAAGAGACCCUGCCAGUUAUUCAAAGCAUGUUUGAUGUGUUACCUAAUGAUAUAACUAUUGAAGGCAAUGGUAAAGGUUAUGUUUUUAUAAGAAAGAACUGUACUUGUGCUUCUGGGAUUAACAAGUACUUGACGAACUCCACAUUUACUGUUAGAAAAAACAAUGGAUCUGUGUAUAAUAUUGUUCUUGAUGCCUAUAAUGGGUUGGCUUAUUUUCCCUCGAAUUUUACAAGGGAGGCAAAGAAAGGGGCAGUCGUUUCAUUGAAGUUAAUGUGUGGAUGCUCAAGUGGGUUGUGGAAUUAUCUUAUGAGUUAUGUGAUGAGAGAUGGGGAUACUGUACAGUCUUUGUCAAGUAGGUUUGGGGUUAGUAUGGAUAAUAUUGAGACUGUUAAUGGAAUUGCUAAUCCUGAUAAUUUCACUGUGGGCUCUUUAUACUAUGUGCCAUUGAAUUCAGUUCCUGGUGAUCCAUAUCCUGUGGCAAAUCACACUGUUCCUGCUCCUGUUCCAGCACCUGCUGCUGCUGAUAUUUCAGAAAUUAAGGAGAAUCAUAAGAGUCAUGCUCUUUACUGGUGGAUAAUUGGGGGCUUGGGUGUUGGUCUUCUUCUCCUAAUUGCUGUCAUUCUUGCUUUUGUUUCCUGGAGGUCGUCAAGUUGUUUUUCCAGAAGUGAGAGAAGUCGCACAGCAGGUUCAAACGAGAAGAUUUCUCAUAAGUUCCAGGUUCUUCGAAAUACAAGUUUCUGUUGUGCAUCAGGAAGGUACAUCUGUGGUGAUUCAGGUGACCGGAAAGAACCUAAUGGAGAAUCUAGUGACCAACAGAUGAAUAUUCCAAAAGUUAUAGGGACUGAUGUCUUUGACAUGGAAAAACCUCUUGUUUUCAUCUAUGAAGAAAUUCUGUCUUCUACUGAUGGAUUCUCUGACUCCAAUCUUCUUGGUCAUGGAACCUAUGGCUCUGUCUAUUACGCCAUUCUCCGCAACCAGGAAGUUGCAAUCAAAAGAAUGACAGCCACUAAAACAAGAGAAUUUACUGCUGAGAUGAAAGUUCUCUGUAAAGUUCAUCAUUUGAAUUUGGUAGAAUUGAUCGGUUAUGCCGUCAGUAAUGAUGAACUAUUCCUCGUUUAUGAAUAUGCCCAGAAGGGUUCUCUUAAAAGCCACUUGCAUGAUCCUCAGAACAAAGGCCAUACACUGCUCUCUUGGAUCAUGAGAGUCCAAAUUGCACUUGAUGCUGCUAGAGGUCUGGAAUACAUUCAUGAGCACACCAAGCCGCAUUAUGUGCAUCGAGAUAUAAAGACAAGCAACAUCCUUCUUGACGAUUCUUUUAGAGCAAAGAUUUCAGAUUUUGGUUUGUCAAAACUUAUGGGGAUAACAAAUGAUGGAGAAGCCUCUGCAACACGAGUUGUUGGAACCUAUGGCUAUGUAGCUCCAGAGUAUUUGAGGGACGGCUUGGCAACUACAAAGACUGAUGUGUAUGCAUUUGGUGUUGUUCUUUUUGAGAUGCUGACAGGGAAAGAAGCCGUCACCCGGACUGAAGGCAAUGUCAUGAAAACUGCAGAAAGACGUUCGUUAGUGUCCCUUAUGAUGGCAGCUCUGAGGAACUCACCAGACUCCACUAGUAUGACCAGCUUAAAGGACCAGCUCGAUCCCAGUUUGAUGGACUUAUACCCUUCUGACUGUGUUUUCAAGGUGGCUAUGCUGGCUAAGCAAUGUGCGGAUGAUGAUCCAAUAUUGAGACCAGACAUGAAGCAAGUGGUGAUUACACUUUCUCAAAUACUCUUAUCUUCUGUGGAGUGGGAAGCAACUCUUGCUGGGAACAGUCAAGUAUUUAGUGGCAUUGUGCAGGGAAGAUAAGCCCUGAGAUUGGUCACAGAAUAUCAAAUGAAGCACUUUCCUCACUUUUGUGUACAUAAUAGUCUUGUUAUUUGAAGUCAAUCUUCUCCAUUUUACCCAUUCUGGUCACUGCUGUUAUAUCAUUCUUUACAAAGUAACCUUUUGUUUUUAUCUGUCUAGUGCACUGAGUAAUUUCUCAUAUAGUGGAUGUAUUUUGUGAUAAUUAACGGGAGUUUAAGCUGCAGUUUUGUAUUUAAUAUGUUGUACAAGAUCUCAAGUAUUAUUCAAAAUCGUUGAAGUUACAUUACAUUCUUUUGCCAA